CUCCUGGGCGAGGGGGAGGACCCGUCCGGCCCGCUGCCGCCGCCCAGCGCGCACGCAGCCUCGCGCGGCGCCGCCGCGCUGGCGCCCCGGGAGCUCCGCUGGGCGGAGCCUCCGGCGCAGCUGGGCGAGGCGCCCAGCGAGCGGGGCUUCUCCGCCUGGCUGCUGGGGGCGCUGCCCAGCCUCGGCCGGGAGCUGGGCGACCCGGGCGUGUGCUUCGGGGUGUCCGUGGGCGGUGACGUGGACCACGCGGCCGGGACGCUGAGGAAUUGGUGGCCCGGCGGCGGGCACCCGCGGCAGUGGGGCUCCGCCCGCCCGAGCCCGUCCGUCGCCGCCCUCAUGGGCCUUCCGGCGGACCGCACGUUCGUGCUGCACGACGGCGAGGCUCACCUGCUGGGGUGCAGCAGGCAGGUGCUGCCGCCGCCGUCGCUGGGCUGCUUCGCGCUCGGAACAGGGGUCGGCUUCGGCCUCAGCUCGGGCAGCGGCUCGGUGGUCGACCCCUCCUCUCGCUUCGGCGCCAAGCAGACGUCGCUGAACGGAGUGCCGCUGUCUGGCGCCAGAUACCCUGGCACGUGGCGACGGUGGCUGGAGCGCCCUGGAGCUUGCAGAGAUGCCGCGGAGGCGGUGAUGGCGCAGCCAUUUGCCAACAUCGUGGAUCACCCGUUCCGGAUGCCGUGGGUGAGCCUCGUGCUUGGCAGACGCGGCAUCGAGCUGGCAGAGGCCGCGCACGGCUGUCCGGCGCCCCCGCCAGGCGGGGGCGCCGCGUGCGACGCGGCGGGCCGAGAGCCUGCGGUGCGCGCUUACGGGGAGCAGUGGCUGCACUUCCUUCACACACAGGUGGCCCCGCAGUUCAACGGCGACCCGCGGCCGGCCGCCUCGAUCCCCCCGAUCUGUUGGGUGUCUGGGCCCGUCCGCUCCGUCUGCUUCGCCGGCGGCAUCGCGGCGCAGAACUGGGCCACGCUCGGGGACGUGCUCGUGGAGCCCUGCGGCCGUGGCCUGCGCGCGCUGGCGGGGCAUCAGGCCGCCGGCCCCGAGGUCUCCGUGCUGCCCCUGGCGCCGGAGGGCUCCGGCCUGAUCGGGGCGGGCGUGUACGCGCUGGCCGGGACCGGUGCGGUGCCUUUUGCCGCGCGGCCGGAAGCGGCCCGGGGGCAGGAGCGGGCGGAGCUGCAGGGCCGCGCCGGGCACGCGGCGCUCCUGCAGCCGCUGUCGUGGGAGGCCGCGGGGGUCAAGGCCCAGGGAACCCUCGGCCGGAUGUCCGCCGACGACAAGCACAAGGCGGGGCCCCAGGGGAAGGGCGCCCAGUGCACGGCCGUGGGGCCGUGCCUCGCAAUGCAGAUGGCGCGCGUCCUCGUCGCCUCGGUCGCGCUUCAGGCCGCGUUGGUGCACUGUGCGGCGAACCAGGCGACGUCCUCCCUGAGGUUCGACGAGGCCGGGCCGAACCGGCCCGUGUCCAAAGUCAUCACCCUCUUGAAGGACAUGCUGAAGCAGCUGGAGUCGGAGGCGGACAAGGACGAGGAGAUCUACGACCGACUUGCAUGCUGGUGCGAGACCAACGAGAAGGAGAAGACCGCGUCCAUCAAGGCGGCCGGGGAGCGCAUCGCGCAGCUGGAGGCCAAGAUCGAAGAGGACGCCGCCCUCAGCGUCAAGCUGGAGUCCGAGAUGCGCGAGCUUGAGGCCGAGGUGGCCAAGAACCAGGCCGCCCUCGACAAGGCGACGUCGAUUCGCGAGCGUGAGCAGGCCGAUUUCAACGCCGAGGAAAAGGAGCUCCUCGAGGCGAUCACGGCGCUCAAGUCGGCCGUCACCGUGCUCGCGAAGCACCACGGCGGCGCUGCUUCUCUCCUGCAGGCACCUGGCGCCAGCGCGGCGGGCGUGGCGAGCGCUCUGCAGCGGGUGCUCGCCGGGCACGGCGCCCGCUUGCAGGGCGUACUCACCCGCUCAGAGCGCCGAGCGGCCGCGGCGUUCAUCCAGUCCCCGCAGGACUACUUCGACGCGGAGCCCACCUUCAAGCAGUCGUACGCCCCGCAGUCGGGCGAGAUCUUCGGGAUCCUCGAGCAGAUGAAGUCUGCCUUCGAGAAAGACCUGUCGCAGUCGCAGAAGGCCGAGAUGGCCAACCAGAAGGCUUACGACGAGCUGAAGGCUGCGAAAAACGAGCAGAUCGAGGCGGGUCAGGCGCAGAUCGACAAGAAGACGCAGGAGAAGGCGGAGACCGACGAGCGCCUGGCUGGCUCCAAGGAGGACCUCGAGGACACCCAUGAGGCGCUCGCCGCGGACGAGAAGUUCCUGGCGCUGCUGAAGGAGAAGUGCUCCAUGACCGACGCCGAGUGGGAAGAACGCCAGAAGACUCGGGCUGCGGAGAUGGCCGCCGUGUCCAAGGCCCUCGCGAUCCUCGCCAGCGACGACGCCCACGACCUCUACGCCCGCACUUUUAACAAGGCGGCCUCGCUGGUGCAGCGGCGCAGCUCGGAGCAGUCCGCCCGCCGUGGCAGGGCCUCCGAGCUGCUGACCGCCGCGGCGAGGCGCCUGCACAGCCAGGCGCUCUCGAGGCUGGCCCUGAGCGCGAGGCUGGACGCCUUCGAGAAGGUGAAGAAGGCGAUCGACGACAUGCUGUCGGCGCUCCAGGAGCAACAGGCGGCAGAGGUCAAGCACAAGGAUUUCUGCGUUGCGGAGCUCAACGAGAACGGGCUCCAGACCGAGAAGAAGACGAUGGAGAAGCAGGACCUCGAGGCCAAGAUCGCCCAGCUGGAAACCACGAUCAAACACCUCACGGAGGACAUCGACACCCUCAAGGCAGAGAUCGCGGAGAUGGAGCUGCAGAUGAAGCGCGCUGGCGAGACUCGCGAGAAGGAAAAUGCCGAGUUCCAGGUCACGGUGGCAGACCAGCGGGCCACGCAGCAGAUCCUGAAGAAGGCGCUGGUCGCCCUGGAGGGGUUCUACGGAAAGCAGGCCGCCCUGCUGCAGCGGCAGGCGCCCGAGGGCUUCGCGCCACCGCCUGGCUUCGAGGAGUACAAGAAGUCGGCCGGCAGCAGCGGCGUGAUGGCCCUCAUCUCGCAGAUCGCCUCCGACGCGAAGGCGAUGGAGGACGAGACCGUCCGCGCCGAGGAGGACAUGCAAAAGGCGUACGAGGCGUUCGUGAUCGAGACCAACGCCUCGAUCGAGGCCAAGGGCAAGGCGAUCGUGAACAAGUCCGAAGAGAAGGCGAAGGCCGAGGAGCGGCUGGUCGCGGCGCAGGCGGACCUGGACUCCGUGACGACGGAGCUGGGCGAGCUGGCCGACUACGGCGCGCAGCUGCACUCCAGCUGCGACUUCACGCUCAAGAACUUCGACCUGCGCCAGGAGGCCCGGAUGGAGGAGAUGGACGCCCUCAGGCAGGCGAAGCAGAUCCUGUCCGGCGCGGACUUCGGGGCCUUCCUGCAGUUGCUCACCGGCCUCGGGUGGGACGGCGACCUCCAGAAGUGGUUCUACGUCGGAAACACCGCGCCGAUCCCUGAACUCGGCAUCCCCAGCCUCAACAUGCAGGACGCCGCCUCUGGUUUUCGCACAUACUGGACGGAGUUGGUGGGCACCGUGACGUGCUGGCCCUCGCUGCUUUCCAUGGCCGCGACCUGGGACCCGGACGCGGUGGAGAUGUACGCGCAGGCCGUCGGCGAGGAGUUCAAGGGCAAGGGCGCCAACGGCAUCCUGGGUCCCUCCGUGGACGUGCACCGAGUGGCCCGCAACGGGCGCAACUUUGAGUACCUCUCCGGCGAGGAUCCCUACCUCGGGUCGGUGCUGGCCAAGGCGUACGUGCGCGGGGUGCAGUCGCAGGGCGUGUUCGCCGUGAUGAAGCACUGGAUCUUCAACAGCCAGGAGACCAACCGAGACUACCAGAGCUCCAUCGUGGACGACAAGACGGCUUGGGAGCUAUACUAUCCGCCUUUCCAGGCCGCCGUUGAUGCGGGGGUGUCCGCCGCCAUGUGCUCCUACAACAGGAUCGGCGGGCAGUAUUCUUGCGCGAACGAGAAGACCCUGCAGACGGUGCUAAAGGACCAGAUGGGCUUCAAGGGGUUCAUCCAGACGGACUGGUGGGCGGCCAAGGCGAUGGGCAUGCCCGCGGGCCUCGACCAGGAGAUGCCCGGCAGCCACGGCGGUGGGCCCGGAAGCGACGUCUUCUUCACGCCGGAGGGCCUCGCCAGCCAGGACCCUCAGCGAGUCGACGACGCCGUGUACCGGGUGCUGUCCGUGAUCUACCGGCUGCAGCUGGAGACGAGCACGCCGUGCAGCGCGCCG